CAUUCCCGCCUUCUUUCUCGCUCUCCAGAGCUUCUGAUAGAGUGUGUGUGUGUGAGAGAGAGACACCUUCCUUAUACUGUUAUCCAGCUUAUGAAUAGGCUGAAGUGAGUUCAACUUAACAUGAUUAGCUCCGUUUUCCAGUCUUGCUUGACUGCUUGAACAACCCAGUAAUUUUAAUUCUAGUUGGUUCAAUUUCUUCUACUUUGCGGAAGCUGCUUCACUUUUGCAGGUAAAGUCUGGAUCUCUCAUUGUAUUUGGUCCUUUGUUUAUAGUGUGCUGUCAUUGUUUUGCAUCUGGAAGCUACUAUAGAGGACGUGAAAGAUGGAGUGCAACAAAGAAGAGGCCAUCAGAGCCAAGGAGAUUGCAGAGAAGAAGAUGCAAAACAAUGACUUUGUGGGAGCAAGGAAUAUUGCCGCCAAGGCCCAACGACUAUAUCCCGGCUUAGAAAAUAUUUCCAAGAUUUUAAUAGUUUGUGAUGUGCAUUGUUCUGCAGCGAGCAAUGUCUUUGGGUCUGAAAAAGACUGGUAUGGUAUCCUUCAGGUUAAUCGAACGGCAGAUGUGGGAUCAAUCAACAAGCAGUUCAAAAAGCUCGCUCUCUUACUUCAUCCUGAUAAGAAUGCGUUUCCUGGUUCAGAAGGUGCAUUUAAAUUGAUUGGUGAAGCUCAGAAAAUGCUUGUGGACCCCAUAGAGCGGAAAAAAUAUGAUGUGAAAUGUAGUGCAGCAAUGAAGCAGGCUAAACCGAAGGAAACUCGUAAGGGAAAUGCAAGAGAAGAUCCUGGACUACAUUCCCAUCCUGGGAAUCCUCAACAGAGUCAUCAGCAAGUACAGCAGCAAAAGACCCAACCUGAGAUUUCUAAUGGGCGAUAUUCAUUCUGGACGCUAUGCCCUUUUUGCAAAGUAAAGUACGAAUAUCACAUACAGUUUUUGGGCAAAGGCCUGCGUUGUGUAACAUGCGAAAAAAUCUUUACGGGAUUUGAAGUGAGUCCCCAGGGGAUGGCAUCUAGAGGUAAUGAGUCUUUUGCGCAAAAGAGAGAAGAUCCACGUCAGUAUGGUCAUAAGACAGGAUCUGAGAAGGUGUCCACUGUGAAGGUUGGUGGGGAUUCUGAAGCAAAAGGGAGGGAGGACGCAACCUUGCAAAAAGGGGAUGCCAACGAGGCAAAUGGGAUGUCGACAGAAAAUAGACUUUCUGAGAAUGGGACUAGGAAGAGGGGAUGUAAGUCAAUGGACAACUGUUCGUCCCCUAAGAAAUCAAGGGUGACUGAGCCUCCUAAUGCUGCACCAGGUGAGACUGAAACAACUGUGGAAAGAGAUUCAUCUAAAACUGAUGAGGCAAUUGAUUCCUCAGCUGAUCUCAUGGAAAAUAAGGUGGAAAAUCGGAAGGAUAGAGCUGGUGAAUGUAACAAUGGGAAAGAAGAAGCCGUUGAAGCAGGUAAAGUCCCUUUUGCUGGUUUUUAUGAUUUCAACAAGGAUAAAAGCUUUGCAGCUGGUCAGAUAUGGGCCAUUUACGAUCAUUUCGAUGGCAUGCCUAGAUUCUAUGCACGGAUCAGGAAAGUUUUCUCAUCUAACUUUAAGGUGAGGAUGACUUUAUUAGAGGCUGAUUCUGAUGAUCAAGAUAUGAUUGAUUGGAUGACUGAGGACUUGCCUGUUGCUUGUGGUAAGUUCAAACACUCAAAGCAUGAGCACACCGAGGAUCCUAGUAAGUUUUCUCAUAGGGUCGAGUGGGCAAAAAUCCUUGGUAGAUGUCCCUAUGUGAUAUAUCCCAGAAAAGGUGAAACUUGGGCAGUCUACAAGAAUUGGGACGUUAGAUGGAGCUCUGAUCCAGACAACCACAGAAAUUAUGAGUAUGAGUUUGCAGAAGUCCAUUCAGAUUAUAGCGAGGAGUCGGGCAUUAAGAUAGCGUACAUAGUUCAGAUCAAAGGCUUCGCAAACCUGUUUAGGCCAACCAUAGCUAAUGGAAAAGAUUUGUUGCACAUACCACCAAAUGAAAUUCUAAGGUUUUCACAUAGGGUUCCUUCUUAUAGGAUGAAUGGCAAAGAACGAGAAGAUGUUUUUGAAGGCUGUUUUGAACUUGAUCCUGCUUCUUUGCCCAGGGACAUCGAGAAGAUUUCUGAUCCUAUACAUGUGGAAGUAAAUAUUGGAAGAGGAGACACCGACUCCGAUGGUUCACUUAUUUCUUCGCGGAUGGAGAGGACUAGUAAGCCACAGGAGAGUAGAAACCCUGAUGAAAAUGCUGGGCAACCUAUUCAGAAAAAUCCCAUUGGUUCAGAUCCGGUGACUAAUCCUGAUGUCUUAGAUACAAUGGGCAAUGUUGAAAAGCAAAGAUCCACUUCACCUUCCUUUGUGGACCCUAUUAAAUCAAAUCCAGAAGCAUUAUACUACAACUUUGAGAAAGACAAAUUUCCUAACAAAUUUGUGCCCGGUCAAAUAUGGGCUGUGUAUUGUGAAUUUGAUGGCAUGCCUAAGUUUUAUGCUCACAUAAAAAAAGUAGAACUGUCCCCGAGUUUCAAGUUACAUAUAAGAUGGCUCGAAUCGUGCAGUCUACCAAAGGGUAGUAGAGGGUGGCUUGACAAAGAAAUCCCCAUUUGCUGUGGUACAUUUAAACAUGGUCAGAAGGCAGAAUUUGAUGACACUACAUCUUUCUCUCAUAUGUCAAGACCAGUUACAUUUAGCAAGACUAACAAGUUCGAAAUCAACCCAAGGAAAGGGGAGGUGUGGGCGUUAUAUAAGAACUUUAAUCCUAAACUGUCGCUUUCUGAUCUGCGGAAGUGUGAAUACGAGAUUGUUGAAGUCCGUGAAGUGAAACCUCGGCUGAUACAAGUGUUGGUUUUGGAGCAGGACCGUGAGUCUGUUCAUUUUGGAACUGUUUUCAAGAGUAAAAGAAAUGAACGGAAAUGCAAUAUGGAAAUACCAGCAGUUGAUCUACUUAGAUUCUCUCACCAAAUUCCUGCUUUCCCGCUUGCAAAUAAAGUACAUGAAAAGCUGCAGGAAUGUUGGGAGCUUGAUCCCAAAGCUUUGCCAGAAUCUUACAUUUUCGCCUGAAGAGCAAGUAGAAGUGGCUGAAGAUCGGCAAACAGGUUUUUUCACUGAUAAUUCCAACUCUUGAGAACUUCUCUUAAGGAGUUGUCAUUUUCUUUUUUCACGGAGCUUCUUCAAGUUUGUGUUCUACCGCCGUGGAGUAAGUGCAUAUGGAUUUUUGUAGAUUGAAAUGGAAUGCCUGUCCUUUUGUACACAAACUUGUGAUGUUUAAGAAUCUUUUUGUAUAUACGACAGUCUCUUGCAUCAAUUCUUCGGAUCUUUAGUUGUUUUAUGUAGAAUCUCACAUAAACUUGAGCAUGAAAUGGGGUUACUAUUACUUAUAUCAAGCUUUGUAGUUUUC